AUGAGAGCUCGAUCCAAGACGAACAAAGUCAUUGACAUUGCACUUUCAGAGGAAAAGUUUUACUUUCCUGGGGAGACCAUCAAAGGCUCUGUCAUAGUGAAACCAAAAAGCUCCAUCAAGGCAAACCCUAUUAUUGUUAAAUUUUCAGGUGCCAUUUUCAUAUCAGUCAAAGACAAAGAAGUGAUCCCACUAUUUCAAACCAGUAAAUCACUACCAAUUAAUGACGGAAAAUCCAAAGUAUUGGAAGCAAAGACGUAUAGCUUUCCCUUUGAAUUCGUCGUGCCUGAUAAUUUACCCAGUGCCAUGGAUUUUGGAAAGAACAAGAUUGCAAAGAUUUACUACAAAUUAACAGCCAUUUUGGAUCGACCCAUGAUGCCGGAAAGCCUCUGUCCAAAGAUUGAAUAUCCUGUGCUUGUGCUGGAGUAUGUGGAUGUCACAAAGGAUAACUUUACCAGACCACUUGAAAAGCAAAAGCAAGUGGUAACAUCGCAGAUCAAAUGCCAUACCAAGCUAAGUGUACCGAGAACAGGUUUUACAAGAGGAGAGACGAUUCCUGUGAACAUUGUUGUGAAUACAUUUCAGACGUUUGUGAAAAAGGAAGCAUUGGUAGUCGAUUUGGUGCGUAAAGUCAAGAUAUCCACAGCAAAAAAUACACUGGAUGAAGAACAUAUUCUCAAAUCAAACAAAUUUGAUUUGAACAUCAUUGGACCCUACAACUUUUCACAAUCCAUCACCAGUCAGUUGUUAAUCAGACCCACGCCACCAACGAUUCGAUACAAGGAUAAAGUGAUGCGUAUUCAUUACAAGAUUCGCGCACAGGUGUUCACAGACCAAAAGAAAACACCCACUUGCGUGAUAGAAUUACCGUUGGUUAUUGGUACAUGGCCUCGUGCUGAUGUGCCCAUUGAUGACGAUGACGAUGAAGACAUAAUACAAAAUAUGGGUGAAAUGAUGAUUAGCGAUGAGAUUGACGACGACGACGAGCAAUUAGGCGAGACGGAGGACGAUGCUUGGAUCAAGCAGCAAGAGGAAUUGGAGUUUAGGAGACACUCCACGUUCAACAACGCUGGUGCUACACAUGGUGGCCAAGUGAGAAGAUCAGGCUCAAACGGGUCACUUGGAUCCAUGUCGUCUUGGAUGUCUCAAUCCACCAUGGAUCGUCGUAUCUCUGCAGGCACAAGCCCAACCACUACAACGACAAUGACAUCUGCUACCAGCGGCAGCAGUAGUCAUCACAGCAUGAUACCCGUCGACAACCAUCAACGCAAUACCCUUCCUCCUGUUGGUGGAUUCAAAAUGUCUAAUGGCUACUUGAAUAGAUCGACAUCCACACCAGAUUUAUUGUCAAACCCUCCGCCUCCACCUCCUCAACAAAGUCGACCCAGAGUCAUUGAUCCCACCUUACGCUCCUCUUACUACGAGCCAGCAACGCCUCCACCUUCUUCAGAGAACACUGUGGGCCAUCGAUCCAGUAAAUCCAUGCACACGAUCCACCCUUCCUUUUUGAACUUUACAUCAUCGCAAUUACCUCCACCACAACAAGCGUCUCCCACGCAGCACCGCCGCUUAGCAUCGGAUGAAUUUUCUAGCUAUAAUUACAAUCAGGUUACUCAGAAUGAACCACAAGUACCUAAUCACACUCUAACGUUUUUAUCGUCUUCUGUGGUUACUCCAACAACGACGCCACCUCGAAUUGUUACACAACAGCAGCAUCAGCAGCCCUACGAGUCGAAUAAUGCAAGUUCACUGGAUGAAACUUCUGAAUCAGACUCUGAUUUUGAUGAAGACGACCUGUUUGCCAUUAUUGAAAAGAAAAAGAAAAAGGAAGAAAAGGAGCUGAGAAAGAGACAAAGGUCAAUUUACACAUUGACAGAGUAA